AUUGUGACAGACUGUGGCUAACUGUAGAGGGCCAAACUGCAGAUAGAACAUGUGAUUUCACCUCAGUCAAGUGUGUCCUAUAGUGUGUGGGUUUACUGUUUGUCUUGGCCCUGCAGUUGGACUACAAGGUUGAGUACACAAGGUGGAGGAAGAAUAGGCUGGGAAGGUUUCAUGGAGUCUGGCUGUCCGUGUGUGUGAUGCCUGAGUUGCAGUAGGUUGACGCUUCAGACUGAUCAGAUCCUGUUGCUACAAAGAAUCAAGCUCUUCUCUGGAUCACUGCAGAGCAAAAGAGGUGUACCUAUCAUCCCACAACCCAGCAUUUUACACCAGUGCAAGGUCAUGCUGUCUGAAUGCAGGGUGGAACCCAGCAGUGAUGGACAAGCAGGGGAGACCAGACUAAAGGGGCAACAAGGUAAAGAAAAGGAAAAAGAGGAGGCAGCUGUUCCCUGUGGAGACAGCCAACCUGCAGGCAGCCUGAGGCAGGUGGAGUCAGGAACAAAGCAGUCUUCAUCAGCUGACCUUAUUGGCAAUAUGACAACAUUAGAUGGUGGAGUGGAGCAGAGGGAUAAGACACAGACUCUGGAAGACAGAAAGAGAUUUUCCCACUUGAUUGUCAACCAGGAGAGCCAAUGUGGAGUUUCAGCAUCAGAUGUGUGUGUGGUGGAGCAACAUCUCCAGAAGUCCAAACCAAGGGGCUUACCAACGUGCUCCUACCCAGACAGAGGCAGGAAGAGGCAGGUAGAGGAGCCCCGGGGAACUGGGCCUUUCUACUUUUUUGGAGGAACAAACGGGGCUGAAAUAGUGAGCAAUUACUGUGAGAGCAGAGGAUGGAAGAGGACUUACGACAAGCACAGGGACGAUGUCAAACUCAAGUGGUGCGAGACCAAGUCAUCAGCCAACUACAGUAACUUCAGAGAAGGUAAACAGUUGGUGUACCAGAUUCCUAACAACAAGGUGCUCACCACUAAGAUUGGCCUCCUCAGCAGUCUGAGAGAGUAUGAGCGAGUGAGCAGCAAAGUCAAACAUGGUCAAGGACUUAGGAGGCUAAGCAUGGAAGACUUCAUUCCCACUACCUACCGCAUGGAUCUAAGGGAUGAGAGGGAGGCUUUCUUUGCCCAACAGGAGGGUGUGAGCAACAAUGAGAGUCGUAUGUGGAUCUGUAAGCCUACAGGGAUGAACCAGGGCAAAGGGAUCUUUCUUCUGAAGAACCAGGAGGAUGUAUCUGCCUUCAGACUGAAGCUGCAGCACAUGGAGGACUGCCAGGCCAACGGGAAAGUGUAUCACCGCCAGACUCAGGCUCACAUUGUCCAACAUUACAUCCAGAGGCCGCUGCUCCUGAACAGAAAGAAGUUUGAUGUGCGCUCUUACCUCCUGAUCGCCUGCACUGCUCCUUACAUGGUCUUUUUCCGUCAUGGAUAUGUGCGACUGACCUGCGACCUCUAUGACCCCAGCUCCAGCAACCUCAGUGCCCACCUGACCAAUCAGUACAUGCAGAAGAAAAACCCUCUGUACAGCCAGCUGAAGGAGGACACAGUGUGGUCCAUGGAGAGCUUCAACACCUACGUCAACGACAAGUUUCAGGUUGCCAAGCGUCUGCCCAGGGACUGGGUGCUGGGCGCCUUUGCAAAGCGCAUGCAGCACAUCAUGACCCAGUGCUUCUUUGCAGUUAAGUCAAAGUUAGACUGCCGCCUGGGAUUCUUUGACUUGAUUGGCUGCGACUUCAUGGUGGACGAGGACUUUAAGGUGUGGCUGCUGGAGAUGAACUGUAAUCCAGCUCUCCAUACCAACUGUGAGGUGCUGAAGGAGGUGAUACCCAGCACUGUUGUGGAGACACUUGAUUUAACUCUGGAGAUCUUCAACAAGUGUCGUCUCAGGCAGAGAAUCCUUCCCUUGGCCAGUCAGAGAGAGUUUGUGCUGCUGUAUAAAAGUGCUUCAACUCCUGAUUGUGUAUUGGCCUGCAGCAAGAGUAACACAAACACUGAGUUCCACCAAAAAAACACCAAAAAGACCCAAAAGUCUGAACCCAGAAUGUAUAAGUCUGGGACAGAGGGCAACAGUGUGGCAUCCCCUGCUAUUUCUGUGAAUGUUUUAUCGAACGGUGGAGGAAGGUCUGGUCCAAGGUCUAGCUGCCGUCACAGCAGCUCCAUUGCCACCUCACCUCUCCAUCAAAACAUUUCAGCAGUGCAGGGAUGUUCCCAUUUACACAGCAGCAGCAACGACAUGCAGACUGUCAGGAGUAAGAGCACCAGGCCUCAGGUUGAACUCAAGCUGGGCAAAUGUACUUUACCUCAUCAUUUAAAGGAUGUCGAUGACAUGAAGCACCCUAAGACUCAGCAGAAGAUGAGGAUCGUCACGUCUGAGUCCAGUCUCUUUUGUGACUCUCCUGAUACACCAUCGCCUGGACCUACCAGACCUGCUGGGUUUAUAGCUGAACAUGAAGAAGAGUGCAAAGGGGGCACAAAGACAUUAGAGUUCAAAACAAAAGAGGAAUUGUGAUCUAAGCUUUGUUUUAAAAAUGAGAAGUGCGAGAAAAUGCCAAAUGUUACCAUAAAGAUGUGUUUAUCUUGAACAAAAUCAACUGGUUUCAGUGAUUUUUCAUCCUGUAAAGAAUCCGUCAGAAAGAGGGCCUUUAAUUUGAAUUUUAAACAUGUCUUUUGUUUCUGUUUUCUGAAAUUAAAUUAAUUUAACCUUCA